AUGGCCGUCUCGUCCCAGCGCGCUUUCCAGAGCACAUUCCGCGUGACGCUCCCUGAUAGACAGGCCGAGCCUAUUUAUCAUGCUCGGCGUGCGCAUAGAAAGUCGAGGAAUGGUUGUCUUGUUUGCAAGGGGCGACGGGUUAAAUGCGAUGAACGCAAACCAGCUUGCCUAAGAUGCGAGAACUACGGAGCCCAAUGUAUAUACGCUCAGAGCUCAUCACCACCUUCAUCGGCCAGCGGAAGCAGCACCCCCAACAGUCUCACCACAAGCAGAUCGACACCACCAAACAACACCCUGGCAUCCCUAUCCAUCUCAGACAUGGUGAAUCAAGUCCGAGGCGCACUAGGAAACGACCUAGCCUUUGCACCCCGCGCCAUGGGGAACCCCGACGCGGUCCUGCAUCUGUCAGUCAACUGUUUCCGGUUCAUGCUGACCUGCUCGACGGAGACGGUUUUUGCGGCGCCGCAUAUCCAGCGCGUGAUGCAGAGGGAGAUGGUCCAUGUUGCGUUUGAUAGCACAUACCUCAUGUACACGAUCAUGGGCUGCGGCAUCCUGCACAUGAACCGCCUCUCGCCCGGCAGCGUCAACGAAUCCCGCGAACUCGCCGAGGCUUACUUCUGGGAGCGCGCUCUACGCCUCUACUCCUCUGCCCUCCAGCACCCAAUCACGGAGAAGAAUGUCUCCGCCCUGAUCUCAGCCUGCAUGCUCAUAGGCGUAACCUCACUAGCACCCGCGAACUUCGAAAUCAAAGACUCGUGGGUCUUCACGGGCCGCAGCAGCGACCUAAACUGGCUAGCCAUUCAGGGCGGCCUAGCAUGCAUCCUCAAGAUGGCCGCGCAAUACGUCCCGGGCAGUAUAUGGGGCGAACCAUUCAGCCAGAGCAACGCGGCCGAAAGCCAGCUCUUCCACUACGAAAUCUUAAAGGGCCGCGAAGGUCUGCACGAACAACUCGCGGACCUGUGCGGUAUCACCGACGACACGACCGAGGCCACCAGUCCGUACUGGUACCCCAUCAAGCUGCUAACGCCGUAUCUGGCGCUCGAGGCGAACGCGCAGAAUGCAGUACAGUGCACGACGUGGAUGGGGCGGAUCGAGCCGGCGUUUGUGAAUCUUUGCCGUGAGCGGGAUCCGCGCGCGCUGGUGAUUCUGGCGUAUUGGAUGGGGCUGAUGUGUUCGGUGUCGCGGUGGCAGCCGUGGGUUGAGGGGCGGGUGAGGCAGGAGUGUAUUGCUGUUUGCAUUUAUCUUGAGAGUCUGGGGAUUGAGGAGGUUCGGCCGUUUUUGGACUUUCCGGCGGCGGCGGCGGGGUAUACCCUGCUUGAGGCUUUAUGA